AUGGAAGAAGCACUUACUAAACCAAGGAAUGUUACCCAUACUUUAUAUAAAUUAUACAACUGGUUGCAAAUGGGAAUAAUUGACCUUAAUCCUGAAUUCCAAAGAGCAAUUAAACAAUCUCAUCUAGUAGAUUCUGUUCUUAACAACUUUUAUGUUCCACCAGUAAUUUUUUCUUGUAAAAAAUUAGAUAACAAAAGAUGGAUCAGAGUAUGCAUAGAUGGGAAGCAAAGGUUAACUGCCAUCAAAAAAUUUAUGGAAGGUGAAAUUCCCCACGUAAGCCCUUCUGAUGGCAAUGUAGCUAAAAGGUACUAUAAAAAUGUCAAUGGCAAAAAGACAUUGUCAGAACCAGAACGAGAGUUAUUUGACUGUUCUGAAUUGCUUUGUGUUGAGUAUUAUGACCUUUCAUUACAGCAAGAACAGGAAAUUUUUAGUCGUGUCCAAUUGGGUGUUGCAUUAACACCAGCUGAAAAAUUACAAGCAAUCAGUAGUCCAAUGGCUGAUUUUGCUCACUCCAUUUUCAGCAAAUAUCCUAGUAUUUCACUUAUAAUGGAUACUAAACGUGCUAGGCCAUUCCAAUUGAUAACACAAUCAUUACAUAUGAUUGAGAAUGAACCUGAAAAAUUCAAUGCAACACCUGCUGUCAUAACCAAAUUCUUAAAGGAAGAACGUCAAGUACCCUCAAAUUUAAAAAUCAUUGCAGAAAGAAUUUAUCAAACACUUGAAGCAAUGAUAGCUGAUAAUUCUGAUGUAUUUCAUAAAGAUAAUCGAUUGGCUCCUGUGGAAUUUGUGUUCCUAACUUAUAUGAUUGCAAAAUAUCCUGCAAUUAAACAAUCUCAUCUAGUAGAUUCUGUUCUUAACAACUUUUAUGUUCCACCAGUAAUUUUUUCUUGUAAAAAAUUAGAUAACAAAAGAUGGAUCAGAGUAUGCAUAGAUGGGAAGCAAAGGUUAACUGCCAUCAAAAAAUUUAUGGAAGGUGAAAUUCCCCACGUAAGCCCUUCUGAUGGCAAUGUAGCUAAAAGGUACUAUAAAAAUGUCAAUGGCAAAAAGACAUUGUCAGAACCAGAACGAGAGUUAUUUGACUGUUCUGAAUUGCUUUGUGUUGAGUAUUAUGACCUUUCAUUACAGCAAGAACAGGAAAUUUUUAGUCGUGUCCAAUUGGGUGUUGCAUUAACACCAGCUGAAAAAUUACAAGCAAUCAGUAGUCCAAUGGCUGAUUUUGCUCACUCCAUUUUCAGCAAAUAUCCUAGUAUUUCACUUAUAAUGGAUACUAAACGUGCUAGGCCAUUCCAAUUGAUAACACAAUCAUUACAUAUGAUUGAGAAUGAACCUGAAAAAUUCAAUGCAACACCUGCUGUCAUAACCAAAUUCUUAAAGGAAGAACGUCAAGUACCCUCAAAUUUAAAAAUCAUUGCAGAAAGAAUUUAUCAAACACUUGAAGCAAUGAUAGCUGAUAAUUCUGAUGUAUUUCAUAAAGAUAAUCGAUUGGCUCCUGUGGAAUUUGUGUUCCUAACUUAUAUGAUUGCAAAAUAUCCUGGUCUAUUAAUCUCCCAUUAUCAAAGUCGUCUGUUAGCCAUGAAAAAACAUGUCCGUCAGAAACAUGAUGACAUUCGAUUUAAUAAUAAAGUUUAUGACACUUUAAAAAGAUUUGUUGAUGGUAUGGAAUCUGAAUACAUAGUCACUUCAUCUUCGUCUACUUCAUCAAAACCAUUAGCAUCAAAUGAUGUGUUAUACAAAACUGAGUCAACCAAUUAUGGUGUGCAACAAUCAUCAUCAUCUAGGCCAAAAAAAAGAAAUAAAUUUACAAAUAAUUAA